GAGACCCUGAUUCCUAUUCCUCUCCCGGCUGCUGCGGCGCUCGGGGCCACCAAUUAUUACCGUGUUGUUGCUGGGUAGCUCGAUUCGCCGAUCUGGUGAAAAAGAACAGAGCUUUACUCUGCGGCGGCGGCCGGACCCGGCAAUUAUGGACAGAGCAGCAUUUGGCGGCGGCGGGAUGUAUCCGUACGAGAAUGGAGUGGUAAUGACAAGAGACCCGAAGCCGCGGCUGAGGUGGACGGCGGAUCUUCACGAUCGUUUCGUUGAUGCUGUUACCAAGCUGGGUGGCCCUGAGAAGGCGACGCCCAAGUCAGUUUUGAGAUUGAUGGGGCUGAAAGGUUUGACAUUGUACCACUUGAAGAGUCAUUUACAGAAGUACAGGCUGGGACAACAUGCGAAGAAACACUGCGACAGCCCGGAACAGAGCACCAGAGAGAUUCAUACUCAUAAUGGAUCUUCUCCAUACAUACAUUUCAGCAACCAUUCCUCCGGUGGUGGAGCAGCGAGUACCGCUUCUUCCAUUUCGUCCAGAGAUGCUACUGAACCAGGAGAGCUCCAGAUCACGGAUGCAUUGAAAUCCCAGAUAGAGGUACAGAAAAGACUACAAGAACAGCUUGAGGUGCAACAGAAGCUGCAGGUGAGAAUAGAGGCACAAGGGAAGUACUUGCAAGGGAUACUGGAGAAAGCACAGAAAAGCUUAACCAUGGCGAUGACAACGGGCAGUGGCGGCAAUGUGGACGUGGCGAGGGCCCAAUUAACCGACUUCAAUCUGGCCCUAUCCACCUUGAUUCACAACUUGAACUCGCCAUCAUCAGAAGUGGAAAGGAAACACCACGACUUACAGCAGCAGCAAGAAGAGGAAGUUGAUGGUAUGAAACAUCUGUACAUUAACACGAAGCCGCAUCAUCAUCACAUGAGUUUGGAAAGUAGCUUCCACGUGGACAGAUCAUCUGGGGCACUUGAAGAUGAGGAGAAUGAUCUCAAGUUGGAUAUGGAAGAUGGAGUCGGCGGAGUGCAUUUCGACUUGAAUGCCAAUGAUGGUGGUGGCGGCAUUAGUGGCUAUUCUAGCAGAAACACUCUUGUUUCUGCUAAUACCAACAGUAUUAUUAGUAGUCAUGGGUCUGAGUUGGAACUAAGGAUGCUGCCUUAUGGGUUAUAAUAUUCAAAAAUUUAUGAAGAUUGGAUGGAGAAUUGCAGGGAAAGUAGAGAUAAUUUAUAUUCCAAGAGCCAUCUAAUGCUAAUUGCAUAGUCCAACGUUCAUUCAUAUAUACUUUGAAGCAAUGCAGAGGUCAGACAGUGAAUCCGAGCUCUUACUCCUUCCUUCUAAGUUCUAACCCUCUUUUAUAUCAAUGUAUCUUACAGAACGAACCCUCUCUACAUGUAAUGUGUAUUCUUCCAGUAAUAUUUCAUAGUCUUAUUCAUUUGGGGAAAAUUCUGCUAAAACAUACAUUCACAAUAGGCGACACGAAUUCCUUGAUUCAGCUGGUGAGAAUCCAUUUCGAUGAACUUGAAGGCGAGACAAGAGAGAGUUUGGUCGGCUGUGCACUUCUUCACAUCUGCAACAGCUAGAGCAGAAUUGAUAGCCGAUCAGGUAGUGUUCAGGAUAAUCAACUUUUCAGUGUCAAUUUUACCGUUAGAUUUUUGGGGUCAUGAACAGAUUGGUUACUCAAACUUUGAAUCUUUUACGAUUUUGCCAUACGAGUUUGGAUUAAUUGACAAAACAGUUACUUUGUCGUCCUAUCACCUUCAAGUUUUUCGUCUAUUGCCCUGAAUAGUGUGUCAACACACCCAAAUUAAUAAUGAAAAGGGUC